AUGUCUCGCACCAACCUCACCACCCGCAAGCUGUCGUUUUUCAACACCCCCCAGGCGGCACCGCAACCCGACGUGUACUAUGCCGGGGUCGACGUCGGCACCGGUCUGGCCCGGGCGUGUUUAAUUGACACCAACGGUGUCAUAUUGGCGCUUGCCGAGAAGCCAAUCACGCGCCACGAGCUCAAGCCUAACUACAUCACUCAGUCGCUGACGGAGAUCUGGGACGCCAUUUGUUUCUGUGUCAAGCACGUUGUCCGUGAUGCGGGAGUCAAUCCCGAACACGUGUUUGGCAUUGGCUUCGACGCUACUUGUUCGUUGGUAGCAAUCAAUUGCGACACCGACGAGCCGGAAGCGGUGGGGCCUGACUUCACUGAUAAAAAGGAAAAUAUUAUCUUGUGGAUGGACCACCGUGCUGAGGCAGAAACCGACGAGAUCAACGCCACCGGUGACCCCUGUCUCAAGUACGUGGGGGGUACCAUGUCCAUUGAGAUGGAAUUGCCCAAGAUGAAGUGGUUGAAGCACCACCGCCCCAACGGGAUUAACGAUUUGAAGUUCUACGAUUUGGCUGACUUCCUCAUCCAUAAGGCUACGGGCACUGAGACCCGCUCCUUCUGUUCUACUGUGUGUAAGCAAGGAUUCUUACCUCUUGGCGUUGAAGGUUCGGAAACUGGGUGGCUGGAGAAAUUCUUAAACCAAAUCCGCUUGCCUGAACUUGUGGAAAAUGAUUUUGCUAAGCUUGGUGGCACUCCCGCUCAUACUGGUACCUGGAAGUCGGCCGGUGAAGUCGUGGGUAUGUUGACGGAAAAAGCCGCGGAACAAUUGGGGCUCACCACUGAAUGUGCCGUCGGUUCAGGGGUAAUCGAUGCCUACGCCGGUUGGAUCGGUACCGUCGCCGCUAAGGUCGAAGUGCCUGAAAAAUGGCAACACCCUAAUACUGUAGGUGACGCUCUGACCAAGAUCGAAUCGGCUUGUGGUCGUUUGGCUGCCGUUGCCGGUACUCUGACCUGUCACAUUGCCAUGUCUAAAGACCCUCAUUUCGUCAAAGGGGUGUGGGGUCCGUACCGUGAUGUAAUGGUGCCUAACUAUUGGCUAGCCGAAGGCGGUCAGCUGUUGACCGGUCAAUUAUUAGCCCACGUCAUCGCCAUCCACCCUGCUGCCCGUGAACUCGCCCACGAAGCCGAACAGUCGAACUUAUCGAAGUUUGACUUCUUAAACUUGACCCUUGAGAAUUUGAUUAGAGACCGCGAUGUCCCCUCGGUGGUGUCGUUGGCUAAACACUGGUACUUCUACGGUGACUUCCACGGUAACCGGUCGCCCAUCGCCGACCCCAACAUGAGAGCGCUGAUUAUUGGUCAACUGAUGGACACCUCGGUUAACGACUUGGCCAUCCAGUACUACGCCGCUUGUGAGUUUAUCGCUCAACAGACUCGUCAAAUCGUCGAGGAAAUGGAAAAGCUGGGCCACGACAUUUCCUACGUGUUUAUGCUGGGGGGCCAGUGCCGUAACGGGUUGUUGAUGAGAUUGCUUGCUGACUGUACCGGUAAGCCCGUGAUUGUCCCCCGCUACAUCGAUGCUGCCGUGGUGUUUGGUAGUGCUAUUCUUGGUGCUGUGGCUGCCGAUGCUAUGGUGCAAGAGCACUUAUCUUCGGGUGGUAGACUGCGCCGUACCUCUAAGUUGGCGCUGACCCGCUCCCAAGUGAAUUUGGACGCCCACGGUGUGCCUGAACGUCCCCCUUCGCCUUACACUCAGCCCACGGCGCUGGCGCUGACGGCCAACAUGGCCGGUUUGGCCUACGGUGGUGCCGUCCCCGCGGUUGCUGGUGCCGGCAGCGGUGUCCCCCACAUGACGCCGAUGCAUGAGGAGACUGACUACUUCAACCAAUCGACGGCCAAGCCUAAGCUGCUGGCGGUGGACCUGGACUCCGAGGACGAACAGACGCUCUCGUUCGGGCUGAAGCUGAACGUGCAAAAGGGAGUCAACCAGAAGAUCCGCGACUUGAAGUUGCUGCCUUUAACUCACCUGAAGAACCAGGCCGAGGCCAAGGCCACCGGCGAAAAAUUGUGGGAGUUGAUGAGACAAAUGACCGGUCCCGGUAAGGUGAUUGUCCCCUCCGACGACCUGGCGCCCGAGAGACAAAUUUUGAACGCCAAGUACAAGAUCUUCCUCGAGCAAUGUGAAUCGCAACGCCGUUUCCGUAAGCUGGUCGACGAAGUGGAAAAGCUGGCCUACGGCGGUAAGGUCCCUUCGAGAGCCGAAGCCCACAAGGCUUGA